CACGUCUGUGCUGUUCUUGCAGUGGGCUGUGGUUUGCAGAUGGACUCCCCUGUCACAAUGAUAUGAGAUUUGUCAGAAGACGAUGCAUACAGGAGGAGAGACCUCAGCAUGCAAACCCUUCUCUGUUCGGCUGGCCCCCUCGUUUUCUUUCCAUUCGGCUGGUGUGCAGAUGGAUGCGCAGACGCCCCAUUCUCACCCGCCGUUCAGUGAUGGUCACCCGCAGAGCACCGCUGACCAAUCAGCCGCUGCGCUGCAGGCCCCGCAGGUAACCGCUGAUAUGGUGAUGGUUCAGAGGCGGAUGCCUCAGUGUUUCCGGGAUCCAGCGACUGCGCCCUUAAGAAAAGUCUCCAUCGAACUGAUCAAAACAUACAAACACAUCAAUGAGGUUUACUAUGCAAAAAAGAAGCGGCGUCACCAACAGGGUCAGGGCGAGGACUCCAGCAACAAGAAGGAGAGGAAGAUUUACAACGACGGUUACGAUGACGACAACUUUGACUACAUCGUUAAAAAUGGCGAGAAAUGGAUGGACCGAUACGAGAUCGAUUCUUUAAUAGGCAAAGGCUCGUUCGGUCAGGUGGUGAAGGCGUAUGACCGCGUGGAGCAGGAGUGGGUCGCCAUCAAGAUCAUCAAGAAUAAAAAGGCCUUUCUGAAUCAGGCUCAGAUUGAAGUCCGACUGCUGGAGCUCAUGAACAAACACGACACAGAGAUGAAGUACUACAUCGUUCAUCUGAAACGCCACUUCAUGUUCCGGAACCACUUGUGUCUGGUCUUCGAGAUGUUGUCCUAUAACCUGUACGACCUGCUGAGGAACACCAAUUUCCGCGGCGUGUCUCUGAACCUGACGCGCAAGUUUGCUCAGCAGCUGUGCACCGCGCUGCUCUUCCUGGCCACGCCUGAGCUGAGCAUCAUCCACUGUGACCUCAAACCCGAGAACAUCUUGCUCUGCAACCCCAAGAGAUCCGCCAUCAAGAUCGUGGACUUCGGGAGCUCCUGUCAGCUGGGACAGCGGAUAUACCAGUACAUCCAGAGCCGGUUCUACCGCUCGCCCGAGGUGCUGCUGGGAAUGCCGUACGAUCUGGCCAUCGACAUGUGGUCUCUGGGCUGCAUCCUGGUGGAGAUGCACACCGGAGAGCCUAUGUUCAGCGGCGCUAACGAGGUCGACCAGAUGAAUAAAAUCGUGGAGGUGUUGGGUGUCCCUCCCAAUCAUAUUCUGGAGCAGGCGUCUAAAGCCAGGAAGUUCUUUGAGAAGAUGUCUGACAGCACGUGGUGUGUGAAGAAGACCAAAGAUGGCAAAAGGUAUAAACCCGCAGGCUCCCGGAAGCUGCACAGUAUUUUGGGCGUGGAGGCGGGUGGCCCCGGCGGGCGGAGAGCCGGUGAGUCAGGUCACGCCGUCGCAGACUACCUGAAGUUCAAAGACCUGAUCCUGCGGAUGCUGGACUACGACCCCAAGACCCGCAUCCAGCCGUAUUACGCUCUGCAGCACAGCUUCUUCAAGAAGACCGCUGAUGAAGGCACCAACACCAGCAGCAGCGUGUCCACGAGUCCGGCGCUGGAGCAGUCGCAGUCGUCCGGAACCACGUCCAGCACCUCCUCCAGCUCAGGAGGAUCUUCUGGAACGAGCACCAGCGGCCGCGCCCGCUCCGACCCGACCCAUCAGCACCGGCACAGCGGAGGACACUUCAGUGCUGCGGCGAGACAGGGCUUCGCUCCGGCGCUGGGUUGGGUGGGAGGAGACGGACUCCUGCAGGCGGCCGGAGAGACGCACCCCGUCCAGGAGACCACCUUCCACGUGCCGCCACACCAGCCCAAGGCUCUGCACCCCCAUCAUCAUCACCACCACCACCACCACCCGCCGCAGCAGCACGCCCCGGGACCCGCCAGGCCCCGGCCCCGCCUCUACUCGCCCUCUCACAGCGCCUCCACGCAGGACUCCAUGGAGGUGACCCACGGCCACCUCUCCAUGACCUCGCUGUCUUCCUCCGCCUCGUCCUCGUCCACGUCCUCGUCCUCCACCGGGAACCAUCACUACGCCUACCAGAGCCGCCUGGGCUUCGGCCACAACGGCAGCAUGACUUUGGGACUGGGUGCCUUCUCCAACCCGCGGCAGGAGACGGGCGUGCCGGGUCACCCCUCGAACUCUGGGCCGGGCCACUACAUAGCUGAGACUCACAUGGGCCUGCGGCCGGGCCUGGAGCGCGAGGAGUCGCCCAUGGCAGGUGUGUGCGUGCAGCAGAGCUCGGUGGCCAGCUCCUGACCGGAUUAACUCUGGCUUGACACUCUGACCUUUGCUUCUGUUCUCCGGUUAUCAGAUGGUUCACGUGAUUCGAGCGGAGCUUUCCCAGAGUGCAGCGCUUCUUUAAUAUGGCCUUAUCGUUACGGACUGAGCGAAGACGAGCCGGACGUUUCCGAAGCUUUCAUGUAUUUUUGACGUGCGAACACCCUUCAUUCACGACACGCCAGAACAGAACGGUGGUCCGAGGCCUUUCUUCACUAGAGAUCCGCAGGACUAGUAUCAGCAACGGCCGUGUCCCUUCCCGCUCCUCUGUUGUGCUCGGCAUGUGUGUUUUACUUUGGCCCUUUCGCUUCUUUGAUUUGGCUUCGCGAUUAUGCUGUGAAUUUUACACCACUUUUGUUUCUCCCUUUUGAUAAUUUAUUGUACCAAAGGCGUUUUUUAUAGAACAUAGAUGUCUGUAACCAAUAAUGUAGCAGUUCUGCACUUUGAAGCAAAGGUGUGUGUCAUGUCAGUAAACGACUGUCAGAACUGGAAGUGAUGAUGUUUGAUGUGGCGGAGAGCCCAAUCCUGGACGCCAUCGCUUGCGAAAUUCUGUCGCUCUGUUUUUCUUUCUCUUCAUUUGCUCUUAGCAGACGGCUGCGUGGGUGGUUUUGUGUUGAUUUGGCGGGACGGUGGAUGCGGACUCGAGCUGCUCGGCUGGUCCCAGAGCAGCUGGACAGUCGGAGAUCCCCUCGGCCGGACGCCGCUCUCUCUCGCUACUAAAGCAAUCCGCGUCUCUCCGUCCGUCUGCGUGCGCGGUGGUGACGGGUGCGAGCGGGCGCACGGUUCUUUAGGGUUCCUGUGGUCACGGCAUACAGAGGGAGUCCAUGAAACAGGCUUCAGGUGUUUACUUUGUGACCCCAUUUUAAUAGCUGAAAUAGAAUUUAUGUACAUAUUUAUAUUUUUUUAAUAAAGGAAGUUUAGAACUCACUACUUUUUUCCUAAUGGUAUUUUGAGUACAUUUACGUCAACUUGGUAACAUGCAGUGGAAGUUCUCUGUGGUAGUCAAUGGGUAUCAGUGCUUCCAGGCCAAA